AUGUCAGGCAGCAUCGCAGGCCACAAUGUCUCCUCGGACGUACUGGAGCAGUUCGAAAAGAAGGAUGUGGAACUGACGGUCCCGAAAGGCGCGCCGAGACCGGUGCUGGUUAUCGUCAUGGGUCCUGCAUCUUGCGGCAAGUCCACUAUCGGCCACGACCUCUCCCACGCCCUCUCCCUCCCCUUCAUCGACGGCGACACCCUGCACCCCCAAUCCAACAUCGACAAGAUGUCCGCGGGGACGCCGCUGACGGACGACGACCGGCUCCCGUGGCUCGCGCUGAUCCGGUCCACGGCGGAACGGGUGAGCCGGGACGAGUGGAAUGACAGUGGGUAUAAGAUCCGGGGGUUUGAGGAAGGAGGAUUGGGGAGGCCAGGGGUGAUUAUUGCGUGCUCGGCGCUCAAGAAGUGGUAUAGAGAUAUACUGAGGGGGAACGUUGAGGCGAGCCCGCCUGAGAAGGGGGAUUUGCCGCACAACCACCCCCAAGCCAACCCCUCUUCGGACGCACACCACCCAGCGACCGCCAACCUCCUCACGCUCUUCCUGUACUGCCACGGCUCGCCCGAGACGCUCCAAGCGCGGAUAUCCGCGCGCAAGGGCCACUUUAUGGGGACGCAGAUGCUCGAGAGCCAGCUGCGGACGCUCGAGGAUCCGAGGGGCGAGCAAGGGGUCGCGUGGGUCGAUAUCAAGGCGGAUAAGGAGGAAGUGGGGCGGAGGGCGGUGGAGGGGGUGAGGGGGCUGGUGAAGGAUUUGAAGGACUAG